AUGGUAAAACUUUUAAUGAUGCACAAAAAAUGGUUUCCCACAUCUGAAACAGUACUGUUAUCUGAGAUUGUAUAUAUUCUAUAUAAUGAUGUGAAAUUUUUUACUCUGUUGUUAGAUGUAUUGGUUUUUGAACAAAGUGACAGAGAAAAUAUUCUGAAUUUACUGACAGAAGCAGCUGCUAUAAUGAAGCAUGAAGACCAGAUUCAGACACAAUUGAUUGAAAUGAUUUGGCUAAUAGUAGAAAAAAUCAAUUCCAGAUCAGCAAAUAGGCGGAUAUUUUUUAACUGGUCUGGCAUUAUACUUGGAAAUAUUUUGAAAACAUUUUUGAAUGGAAAAGACUUUGAAAAAUCAUGGUUCAUUAUUAAACAGUUAAAAGAAGAGGAGCAGAAUAUUAUUGGCUAUUCCGAGAAAGACUGUUUGUUAAACUUCUGUGAGUUGUGCCUUGAAAUGAAAGAUUUUGAAAAAGCUAGUUUUUGUUUGAAAUAUGCUGUGAAAGGUAUCUCUCUCGAAUUUCAAGAUGAUUUCAAAAAAUUAGCUGAUAAAAUGUUUGAAUCAGAAAUGCUUGAUGCUAAAUACAGACCUUAUGUGGAUGAGAUACUUCAAAAAAAUGCAGGUGUAGAUGAAGACACAAGUAACAGCGACAGUACUACAAGUGAUGAGCACUCUAGUAGUGAUGAUGAUAGUGAUAACGAUAAUGGGGAAGAAGAUAAAACUUCAAAUGUGUAGACAAUUAAUAAACUUUUAUUUAUCUACA